AUGCACGCCCUGCGAUCAAUUGCCACCGCCCGACGAGGACUGGCCACCGUGGCCGCCAGCAAGCCGUAAGUCCGCAACGUUUCGACUCUCGGUGAUCGAGCUCGACGAGGAUCAUUCUGGGAAGCUGAGCUCCUCACCGCUAUGCACACCCUGUAGACCCACAGGUAUGGCACCGAGUACAGCACACGUCUCGCGUCGGAACUUUUACUGACCUUCUCACCCCAAUGCCCUUGGUCUCCGCCUCCACUUCCCUCUCGAUCUCGUUCCUCCGCGCCGGUGUCGUCAUGUUGUCCGGCUCACUCCUUCGGCCUCGUCGAUCGUACGAUCCCAUCCCACCAAAUCGCUGGGUUAUCUCCCCUCGCCCACAAUCUGCCAAACUCCACAGCCGUUGUUCUGAUGAACAUGGGUGGUCCUUCCACGGUAAGGGCCACAUCCUUUCCCAUUCUGUUGCGCUUGCCCGCGUCGUGUCCAAUCACCACUCGCCGAUCUCGCACCACGAAUCGGACUUGGUCAACGCUGCCACCUCACUAAAGCAUGCGGUUCGAACACGCCACUCGUCCCUCCAGUUCUUUGCCAAAAUACCACGGGAAAACGAUACGCAUAAUCGCACUUCCGUUCCGGCUUACACUCGGACAUGGGCAUGCUAGCGGUCAAAAUUGAGCUCGGCCUGUAGCCAGCCCGAUUCCAGACACAGGCUUUGGUGUACUUUGGCUGACCCUGCAAUACUCUCAUGCACUACCAGGUCCCGGAAACCGGUGACUUUUUGUCUCGACUCUUUCACGACGGCGAUCUCAUUCCGCUUCCUUUCCAGUCUUACCUCGCCCCCUUGAUCGCCAAACGCCGAACACCCAAGAUCGAAGCUCAAUACGCCGCGAUCGGAGGUGGAUCCCCGAUCCUCAAGUGGACCCGGAUCCAAGGCGAAGGCAUGGCCAAGCUCCUUGACGAGCUCUCACCCGGGACGGCACCCCACAAGGCCUACGUGGCCUUCCGAUACGCCAACCCUUUAACGGAGACCUGCCUCGACGAGAUGAGGAAGGACGGUGUAGAGCGCGCCGUUGCCUUCACGCAAUACCCUCAGUACUCGUGCUCGACAACGGGUAGUUCGAUCAAUGAGAUGUGGAGGGUCUUGCAGGAACGCUCCAAGGCUGGUAACGAAAAGCCGAUUCAGUGGAGUGUCAUCGAUCGAUGGGGGGUGCACGAAGGCUACGUCGAUGUCAGUUCGAUACUCUAGCCACUCCUGGACGGUGCGAUGCACUAACACUCGACCUUUUGAUAAAAAUAUAGGCGGUGGCACGAAAUAUUGAAAAAUCUCUCGCGGACUACCCGGCCGAAGUGCGCAACAAGGUCGUGCUCCUCUUCUCGGCCCACUCCCUCCCAAUGUCCGUCGUCAACCGCGGCGACCCUUACCCCGCCGAAGUUGGAGCGACCGUAUCGGCGAUCAUGACUCGACUGGGGCACACGAACCCGUACCGGCUGACAUGGCAGUCCCAGGUCGGCCCUUCGGCGUGGUUGGGUCCUCAAACCAGCGACGCAAUCAAGGGGCUGGGAAAACGACACAACGACAUGCUCUUGAUUCCCGUGGCUUUCACCAGUGAUCACAUCGAGACCUUGUUCGAGUUGGAUUUGGAGUACCUCGAGGAGGCAAAAGAGGUGCGCAAAAGCCAAAAUUGAGCUUUUAUCCCAGGCUGCCGGUUCUGACCCAACUCCCUUAACCUUAUCGCGCAGAUGGGGCUGACAGGGGUCCGACGCUGCGAAUCUCUCAACGACUCGCCCCACUUCAUCCGCGCCAUCGCAGACAUCGCCGCCAAGCACCUCAAGAGUCCGCAAGCGACUUCGGUUCAAAUGGGUCUGCGAUGCCCCGGGUGCACGAACGAGAAGUGCGGUCACGCGAAGGAGUUCUUCGCCAAUCACCCGCCGCCGAAGGGGGACGGGAUUGCAGCGAACUGA